UUUUGUUUGUUGUAGCAACUAUAAAAGCUAUGUUUUUUUUAGGAGAAAGAAUGGUGCUGCCGGCGUGGAAGUUGGGUUUCAUGACAUAAGAAUUUGUUGUGCAUAGAACACAUAUCGAAUUUUUGCGUGCUCGAUUCGUAAAAUAAAGUAGCAUCAAACUAGUAUUUGUAAGAAUGGGAAGUACAUCGUCAAAAUUUAAGAAAUACAUGCAGCAUGGAGACGAGUUUGCAGCUAUGCAAAUCUACCAGAGUUCGCCUGAAUUAAGAAAAAACUUAGAUCCAAACUCUAGCUACGGCGAAAGCCAUAACCAUAACACUGCACUACAUUAUGCUGCUAAACAUGGUAUGAAACAUCUACUUCGCACCUUUUUAAACGAUUUGGGUGGUAACCCCAAUAAGAAAAAUGGUCUAAAUGAAACGGUCUUACAUUCUGCGUGUCAACUAGAGCAAACUAAAAGCUUCAGUGCACAAGAAAGAAGAGCAGCAUGUGUACACUUACUUCUUUAUUGGAAGGGAGUUGUAUUAAAUAAUGGGGUACGCGAGAAAAUGGACUUAAGUGCUCAAGAUAAAGAAGGAAAUACUGCUUUACACUAUGCCGCACAAACUGGAUUAAAAAGAUGUGUGGAACUUCUGUUAGCGCAUGGUUCUCCCCUUUUUGUAGAAAACAACGACAAACUAACUCCAUGUGAUUUAGCAAUGCGAGGUUCCUUCCACGAUAUUGCUAGAUUAUUGGAAAGCAGAAUGGUUUUUGCAGGGAGUUCUAACGUAGUAAAUGAAGACGAGAUAUUAAGUGAACAGGAAGUAUACAGUGGUUUGAGAAGUCAAGACCUUCAGGAAGCAAAAGAUCAAUUAUUAGUAGAUACAUCGGAUAUGUUAAAAGUACCACUGUUUACAGCCGAAGCUCUCCUAAGGAAUAAUGAAUGGUCAAGAGAGUUAUUGUUGGAGAAAUGGAUGAAGGAUCCAGUUGAUUGUUGUCAACAAGCUGGCGUACAAGCUCCAUCAUCAACGCAAACCGGUACGUCAAUCGAAUCAAGUACAUCUACGGAGUCCAAUGCAACUGAGGACGUAGAAUUUCUGUGUGAAAUCUGCCUUUUUACUGUUACAAAUUGGGAUCAACCAGUACACAUGUCUUGCAAACACACCUUCUGCAAAAUAUGUUGGGAAACAUACCUAACCACCAAAAUCCAAGAAGGCGAUGCUCACCACAUUUUAUGUCCAGCUUUUGAAUGUGAUAUUUUAGUGCCAGUAGAGCUAAUAGAAAAACUAGUAACCCCAGAAGUAGCAAGACGUUACCUUCAAUUUGAUAUUAAGGCAUUUGUGGAAAGUAACAAAAGCAUAAAAUGGUGUCCAAUACCUGGAUGUGGUCGUGCUGUUAGACUUCCAGAAGCAGAGAGGACAACCACCAACUCGAAUAAAAAACCGUUACCCACGACGUCACAUGCUGUUGAUUGUGGCAAUGCGCAUUUCUUUUGCUGGGAGUGUUUAGGUGAAGCACACGCACCAUCAGGUUGUAAACAGUGGCGAGAGUGGCAGCUAAAAAUUAGUGAAAUAAAACCCGAGGAAUUAAAAGCAUCUUGUAGUGGUUCAGAAGAUGCGGCAAACUGCCUAUGGCUGGUGACUAAUUCUAAACCUUGUCCUAGCUGUAAAAGUCCCAUUCAGAAAAACGAAGGCUGUAAUCAUAUGAAGUGUUCAAAGUGCAAAUUCGACUUUUGUUGGGUAUGCCAAGAGUCAUGGAAACGUCAUAGUUCUGCAACAGGAGGAUAUUUUAGGUGUAACCGUUUUGAAGCUGUUUUAAAGGCUGAUGAAAAGCAGGGCACGCUAAUAAUUGAAGCUUUAGAUCGUAAUAAUCAGAUGCAGGAAAUGUCCCGUUUUCUACACUUUUAUACUAGAUUUAGAAAUCACGAAAAUAGUCAGAAAUUAGAAGAAUCUCUUAUGACUUGCGUAAAACAAAAGAUGGAAAUUUUGGCUAAUAGUUUUGGAACAACAAAAGCAGAUGAAAAUGUUGACAAGAGUACCAAAUUUAUAGAGGAUGGGGUACGAGAACUACUCAAAGCAAGAAGAGUCUUAUGUGGUUCUUAUGUUUAUGGCUAUUACCUGGAAGACGACGGAUACAACAAAACUAUUUUUGAGUUUAUGCAAAAUGAGUUAGAAGAAGUAACGGAAAAGUUAAGUGAAAUGAUAGCUAGACCUUAUUUGCGUACACCAAAGGCUGUGAUAAUUCAAACGUCUGCUCUGGCGAGGAGAAAAAGACACGAGUUCGUAAGAGCUAUUGAACAGGGACUUAUACCUCCUGAAACACCACCCGCCCUUAGAAAACAGAAAUGUCUAGAUUCUGAUCUAUCUCAAACCUCCGAAUGGUUAAAAGACUGUGAAUGGCCUGAAUACGAUACAGACGAAGAGACUGAUAUGGGUGUUACUCACAAACAUUUCCCCUGUACCUGUAGAUCACCAGUGAAAGAUCAUCAGCGUAAUUUAGUUUGUCCGCGGAGCUUUCGAAAAGGUUCAGAUUACAACAUGGAACUCAUAAUAGCUCUAGAGAUGUCACGAUUACAGAUGAUAGAAGAUAGAAUGAAACAGCAGGCUCAGCAAACUCAAGUGAUUACUCCUGAUCCAAGCUCCAAUAAUAGCAAUGAAAGUGGAGAUGAUCAACUUAAACUUGCUAUCCAGCUGAGCCUUCAAGAAUCUAGUAUACCAAUUUGCAAACAAAGCGAAUUAAAAAGAACUACAAUGGUUAAAACUAAUGCGGAGUUAACAGUAGAUUAUUUUUUAAAAUCUUUAGCAAACCAUAACAUAGACCUUAAAGCAAUUCAGAAAUUAAAAGAGCAAGAACAAGUAGAUAUUAUAUUACCUCCUGCAGGUAACGAAGAUGGAAGGUUUCAGAUUUCUGAUAUUCAUGAAAAUGGCUAUGCUUUUGAAGACGUUGAUGAUGAAUACGAUUGUGAUGUAAGUUUAAAACGAUCUCAUUCGACUGGAGAUCUGUGUGUACGUAGAAGUAGUAGGGCUAGAAUCCGUACAAACAUGGACGAACCACGUUACCAUUUAGAUUCAGACCACAGCAGUCAGCACGAAGAUAAGCCAGAAGAUUUAGUACGGAGGUUGAUGGCACUACCGGCUGCAUCUAUACGUACAAAACAAUUUCUUCUUCUGCACACUUCCUAUCCUGAAGAAGACAGCCAAGGACAGAGCUCUGUAGAAGACACUACUACCUCUGAUUCCAUAAACGCUGAUCCGGAGAGUUUAUGUGCAACGAAAAUCACACAAAAAGAAAGCCCAAAUAAAAGUCAAAAUUACGACGACGAAACUAAAAAGACUGAACAAUCAGCCAAAAUUGCGGAAUGUAAAAAACAAACUCAUAACCCCUUUUCUUCCUUAAAAACUAAACUGUGUUCAGCACAUUUACCUAAACCAAGCUGUUUUUCCAAAAUCGCUGUGAAUAAAACCAUUGAUCGGUUGGACGAGAGUAAAACUUCUAAUAAACAAUUUAGCAGCAAUAGUGAACAAAAACAUUAUGACAGCACUAAAGCUAAGCAAAAAGAAGACGGUGAUAAAAAGUAUGUUAUUAUUAGUGAAUGUAAAAGUGAAAAACAAAGUCCGAAGAAGCACCAUAAAACUUGUAGGAAAAGUAUAUUCUCUAAGUCAACCGGAUUUUUGGUGGAGGAACAGAAAAAAGCUAGUUUAUCAUCCAAUCUCCGCAUCAAAAUAUGUGAUAGCCCUUUAUCCAACACCGAAUACUUUUUAGAAACAGAUAGCUCUAAUGAAUACGAAAGCGAGACGGGUAUUCCCAAGUCUCCUACAUUAUUCAUAUCCGGUGUAUCGAUAUCCCGAACACCUGAACCAAAAUCGACAGGCGUCAACUUUAUACAAGCUGGAAGAUCGUCUAGGUCGUCGAGCUUUAGCAUACCAUUGCCUUUGAGUUCCUGUUCUUUGAAUAUAUCAAGUACAAGUCUUAACAAUUAUUCUUCUUUGCCUCCUGAACCGUAUACUCCGUCUCUGGUCAAAUCAUGUACGCCGAUAACUUCUAGAUCAAAUCUUCAGACCCCAAGCACAAGUCCAUCCAGGUCCAUUACCGAAAAUGGAAAAACUAGGAGUGCCAACGAACCUGAGAGGGAAAGAGAAAUGUUUAGGUUUCCAAAAUCAUCAACAGAUGGAGCUCUUAGUUCUGUUCUUCACGUUCAGGAAUCCAAUUUAAGUUCGGAUGACUUUCAUGAAGCUCUUUUCCUAUUAGAAAGAUCGCAAGUAAGAGAUUCGAAAAGAAGGAAGAAGUCAAAGAAGAGGGAAAAGGGAGAGAAAGGAGAAAAAGGAGAGAAAGACGAGAAAAAGGAAGAUCAAAGCUCUGUUCUUUAAAUGAAAAGACUGUUAUUUGUUAAGUGAUUUGUUUAAUGAAAAACCGUGAUUUUGUGAUACAGUGACCAAAAUGUUGAUCUUGUUAUGUACUAAUUCAGCAUUUUGUACACCAAAACCUUAUUCUAAUAAUCAUUAAUGUCUGUACUGAUUUAAAAUUAAGUAUGAUUAACUAAAGGAAAAUAUCAUUUAUAUAUCGAUUUGACAAUGAUACUGAAAAAUAACUCCCGGCAGACAAGUUUUAAAAUACGCCCACAGUGGAGCAAAUACAUGAUGGUAAAGAUACAUACUAAAAUUACAUUUUUUUAGAAAAGAAACAAAAAAAUUAAAUAAUUAAUAAAUAUUCACACAUGUUUUUUUUAUUAUAUAAGUAAAUUAUAUUCAGAACAACAAAGUGUUUUUACAAAAAAAAGUAUUUUUUUAAUAUAAAAUGUAU